AUGUUAUAUCAUGUAAUUGAAACUGUUUCUUCUCUUAACUUGAUAAUGGAAUAUAUUGGAAAUAAUAGUCUUUAUUAAUAUCUCAAAAAUAAGAAAAAAAACUAACUCCUUAUAUAUGAUGUAAAAAAGAUUUUUAGAUAAAUAAUUUAAGGAGUUGAUUAUAUUCAUUAAAAAAAUGUCUGUCAUAGAGAUAUUAAACUUGAAAAUUUACUUUUAGAUGAUGAUCUUAAUAUUAAAAUUAUUGACUUUGGAUUUGCUGUUUGUUCCCCUCAUGAUAGAAAAUUAAAUAGCUUUUGUGGAACUCCAAGUUAUAUGGCGCCUGAAAUUAUAAAGAAAGUUGAAUAUUCGGGAUAAAAGGUAGAUAUAUGGAGUUGUGGUAUUGUUUUAUAUAUCCUAGUUUGUGGGAAAUUUCCUUUUAAAGGUUAUGAUGAAAAAGAUCUAUAUAGGAAAAUUCUAAAAAAUAAUUAUUAAAUACCUUCUUUUGUUGAUAAUUAAACAAAAACUUUACUAAAAAAAUUAUUAUCGCAAAAUCCAGAAGAUAGACCUUAAAGUUGGCAAGUAAAAACUUAUUUAUUUAUUUUUAAUUUUUAACUUUUUUUAAUUUCAAAAGAUUUUGUAAGAUGA